AUGACUCGCUUAGCCCUUGCCGAAACUCAACCACUCCCGCCAUCUCCUCGUGGCAUCGCAUUUUUUAGAGCUCAGCCGAUCGUGUCCCUUCUCAUGAGCGAGAAGCUUGAAUCCCUCAAGCGAAGAUUAGAAGAUGUUCUUGAUGACCUCUCUUCCCCACGGAGUACCAGCGUCGACAAGACCGAGGCAUUGAGAAGCUUGGAGAGGAUACUGGCUGCCGCGUGUGCCCGCACGAACUCCGACGAGGAUCGAGACGUUUUCAUCGCACUCCAAUACACUUUUGAAUGCAAUGUAUCGACCAAGAUCCUCAGCUGGAUUAUGGCCUCGACCUCCGCUCUCGAGUCCUUGAUAUCUCAGGGGGACGUCGACACGGAGAGACGAGCGGAGAUUUCGGAUAUUACCGCCCAGCUAUCGCUGGCUCUCUCAAUCCUCCAAGGCGUUUGUCUCAUUCACCCUGCAACCAAGGCAUCUCUCGGCUGUCGAUGCGCUUUGGAGGUUAUACUUGAUCUUUUUCUCGCAUCCCGUCACUUAUCACUGCCCGAAACCGCAUCGAAAGCAAACGUUGUCAAGGCUCAGCCACUCGCCAGUGUGAUUCUGGACACACUGUUGUGUGUGCUGGUCGACUCGUCGCCCGCACUGCGUCUCUUCGAAUCGUGCCAAGGCGUUCACGCCGUUGUGAAGAUAUUGAAGCGGGCAGGGACUCCUCGGGAAGUGCGAAUGAAAUGUCUAGAGUUCCUAUACUUCUAUCUGCUAGACGAAACAAACGUGUCUCCUGUUUCAGGGCUACCUUCAGUCACCAUGCACAAGGCACCAAUUGACUCGGCCCCAUCGACCCCGAGACCAUUGCCUCAGCACCCAUCCUCGCACAAGCCUUUCAUCAACGCGGUCCCCAGUCGCCCUCCCUCCCGAUAUGGGUCCUCCACCUACUCGUUCUCAUCCGGGUCUACGAGUUUCGACAGCUCGCUGUCGUCCGGUUCUUUUGACACGACGACGACCUCGUCGUCGUCAUCGCCUUUCUCGUCAUCGCCUUCAUCGAGAUCCACGUCAGGAAGCUCUUUCUCCUCGACGACCUCAGCAGUGGGCUCCGUUUCUCCGAAGAAGCGAUCUCAGUUCCCGCCCGGGGCUGGGCCCUCUACGCCGGGCCCACCUUCGCCGAAAAAGCCCAGCUCGGCCCUGCCCCGCACGCCCGGCCAGGCCCGGCUACCGAAUGCUCUGCUGAUGCUGAGGAAGGACGUGGAAUUUGUACCCCAGAGUCCCAAGCGACCGCCGGGUUCUUCGUCGAGCAAGGGGACGCUGCAGAUCAGGUCACGACUGGGAUCACUGCGGCCGGAGGUGGUGACUUCGGAGGAGAGCGACGGGGACUUGGAAUCGGGAUCGGAGACGGCAUGUGAGUCGAGCAGGGGUUCUGAUACACGGACGACGGAAGAGAAAAAGCGAUUGUUGGGGACGAUGCUCGGGAAUGUCGAGGCCCUUGUGGAGGGCGUGAAGAAGGCCGGUAUAUGGGGCCUUGGCUAGCUGGUGACCUCUGAGUGCCGUGUCUAGGGCGAUAGAGACUGAUUCUAUUAACAAGGAUUGGUUCACAGCAAACAAGUUUGUGUAGACUACGGUAGUACAGCACUGUAGUGUUUUGGAGGGCGGAGUUGUUCUUGCGGCCACAGGGUGGGCUGAAGGUGCGGAUUGGAGCUUGUGUCGUGGAAUGGCGUUCAUAUCCCGUCUCAUGUGUUCAGUGAGGAUAGAAGAUGAAUCCAAAUGAUUGUGUGAUUCACGUGUAUCGCGCAGAAAGUUUGCACGUGAGGACUUCCGGCCGAUGAUCCACCUCCUUCAGCAUUCCUCUUCUCGUCGCCUCAAAGUGAAUCCAUUCCAUUUCUAUCCAUCGGCGAAACACGGUGAACUGGCUGGAUGACGCCGACGGGGCUCGCAAUCAUGUGGACAGAUAAACACCGCAAUCUUGGUGUUUUUUGCUCCCCUGCACUCUCAUCUCUUGUCCACCAGCUGUUGUUCUGCACAACUCGCGGAGGUCUUCUCGAAACUAGAUUCUAUUUGACAUGGACCUCAUUCAUGCAGUGGAUCAGCUCCCCCGUCGUUUCUAUAGUCGAUUGAACCGACGUUCCCGGGGUCAAUUCGUCUUUCAAAACUCGCAUGGUCUUCCCCCUCAGCGCGCGGCACCAGCUGUGCUAUUUUUAUGCACUGUACUGCAUAGAUAUUGAAUUAUGGCCUACUCCUCCUUCCCCGCCGAACUGAGCUGCUUUCCGACGGCGUCGUCAGCUACGCUCACCCUCCUUUCUCUCGCAGUGCUCUCCUCUGCAGCUGCCGAGCUCUCUGCCACCCGUGUCAUGCUCUCUCCUGGAGCUGGAGCGGUGAGUCGUCGCACCCUGUUGAGGGUAUCCCGAUCGCACAGUUCAGCGUGCCAUUCAUCGGCAAAACAAGGCGCAGCAGCGCGAAAGUGGCAUCCCUCGCGGCGGCUCGGGGCGGCGACAAGACCAAGACUACGCACCUGGACGGAUCGGACUUUGCAGAGGAAUACCUGACGGAUGUGACUAUCGGCGGUCAAACUUUUCCCAUGAUCGUCGAUACUGGAAGCUCCGAUACCUGGGUUGUGCAGAAGAACUUCAGCUGCUACGACUUGCAGAGCAACCCCGUCUCGCAGGCCUCUUGUGGUUUCGGCUCAGACGGCUUCGACACUUCGGCUUCCAAGACAUUUCGGUCUUUCCACAACGUUAGUUUCGAUAUCACAUAUGGCGACGGAGAGUUUCUUCGGGGUCCUGUUGGAUUCGACAGACACGGUAGAGGUUGCUGGGAUGAUGGUCAAGAAUCAGGAGAUUGCGGUGCCGAACUUCGCUGCGUGGAACGGCGAUGGGGUCAACUCUGGGCUCAUUGGCUUGGCUUUCCCUCUGCUGACGAGUGUAUUCAACACCUCGGACCCGACUCAGGCGUCGCGCAAGAAUCAGCUGCCUUACGAUCCAUUCUUCGUCACUGCUUACAAGGAGAAGAAGACUUUUCGAUUGCACUCAACCGCGGCACCUUCGAGCAGCAGCUCAACAACACGUUUGAUGCUGAUAUCGGGUACCUCGCAUUCGGUGGCCUGCCUGCCAAAGUUCCAGUCGAAGAAACCUCGGUGACGGUGCCAAUCCAGGGUAUCUCGACGACGACUGGAGAGGCGUCUGCUGGUACAGGUGCAGCGUAUCUCUGGUAUACCAUCGACGUCGAGUCAUACACGUUCCCAGGGUUCAAGGACCUCGACACGGCCAGCGAUAUGACCAUCCUUGACUCUGGAACGACGCUGAACCUGCUCCCGACGGCGGUCGCGGCGGCGUAUGCGAAUGGAUUCAAGCUAAAGGCGACGUCGGACAAUGAGUUUGGGCUCUACGCUGUGGACUGCUACGCGACCGUUCCAGAGUUCCUCGUCACUGUCGCUGGAGUGGCCUUCACAAUUGAUGCGGGAGACCAAUUGCUGCCGACGAUUAGACAAGAUGGCUCGCUCACUUGCAUCCUCAGGACUCAGGACGGCGGCCAGCCAGGAAAUGGCAGCGUUUUCAUCUUGGGAGACACCUUCCUCCACAAUGUUGUCGCGACAUUCAAUCCCAUCGACGCCGAGGUCACAAUCACUCAACGUAGUACGUAUUAGACUGUUACAAGAGAUGUGCCUCAGUCUGAGGGAAGCCAUGUGGAACGCCAGUGCUACAUAGAGCCAUGAAACGGUUGCGUGCUGAUUUAGGAAUGGCUGAACCUGAAUCAAUAGUUCCGUCGGAAUCCCAAGCUUAAGACAGCUUAAGGUAAGGUGGUGUGAGGAACCAUCAAAUCCGGGUUAUCCUGAAGUGAUCUCAGGUAGCUCGCAGAGACCAGUGCUUGACUCAUUUUUCAGGGUCCAGGGGAGCCCAUUCCAUCACCAGCCAUCACCCUAGUCGCUCUAAAAGGAAAUAACCCGAAGCCGAGGGUGGUUGCCAUCUCGAAUUGCGUUGGUCUCCCGGCGGCACACUUACCAAGCCAUCUGGUAGAACUCCGACUGACAAACGCUGACCUUAUCUGACGCGCCUCCAAUCUGCCGCUGCCGAGUCUUCUGCAAUCGUCAUCGUCGUGCCGCUAGGGUGCUGGAGGAAAUAAAUGGCCUCCUGCGAUCUGCUCUCCCCAACCUGCUUAGGCUACUGCUGCUCAUGUCUUUCUUCGCACCUCCGCCUGCCCCGCCAACCAAACUUGGUCGUUAUCGCACCCUCUCUCCACUCGCCGGCGUGCAUGUGUCUCCACUUCAGCUCGGCGCGAUGAGCAUUGGCGACCAGUGGAACAAGCUCGGGCUCGGAGCAAUGGACAAGACAGACAGCUUCAAGCUCCUCGACGCGUACUUUGACGCUGGCGGGAACUUCAUCGACACUGCGAACAACUACCAGGAUGAGACCUCUGAGAAGUUCAUCGGCGAAUGGGCUGAGCAGCGCGGGAUUCGCGACCAGCUCGUGAUCUCCACCAAGUACACGAUCCCUUUCAAGGCGCGCCAGGACGAGUACGCGCAGAAGGUAACCUACGGCGGCAACAACAUCAAGUCGAUGGUCGUCAGCGUGAACGAGAGUCUGAAGAAGCUGCGCACGUCCUACAUCGACAUCCUCUACUUGCAUAUGUGGGACUGGGACACGGGCGUCGCGGAAGUGAUGAACGGACUGCACAAUCUCGUCGUGCAGGGCAAGGUUCUGUACCUCGGCGUGUCCGACACCCCGGCGUGGAUCGUUUCCCAGGCCAACCAGUACGCCAUCGACCACGGCAAGUCGCCAUUUGUCAUCUACCAAGGCGCCUGGAACGUCAUGGAGCGCUCGUUCGAGCGAGAGAUUAUCCCUAUGGCCCGCGCCCACGGUCUCGCUCUCGCCCCUUGGAACGUUCUCGGCGGCGGCAAGUUCCGCACAGAUGCCGAGGAAGAGGCGCGUCGGGCUUCUGGAGAGAAAGGUCGAAUGUGGGCUGGUGACUGGGAGCGCACAGAUAACGAAAAGAAGAUAUCUCAUGCGCUUGAGAAAGUCGCUAGUGAGGUCGGCACGACGAGCAUCACAGCUGUUGCUAUUGCCUACAUUCUCCAGAAGGUCCCCUACUGCUUCCCGAUUAUCGGUGGGCGCAAGAUUGAGCACCUCAAAGAUAACAUUGAGGCGCUGGAUAUUUCCCUAUCCGCCGAUCAGAUCGCCUUUCUGGAGAGUGUCGUCGCAUUCGAUCCUGGGUUCCCGAGUACAAUGAUUGGAAACGGCUCUGCCACAAAUGGAUUCUUACAGACUUCAGGCCACUUUGACCGUCUCCCUCUUCAGCAAGGGAUCCGCCCCGCAACAUGACAGUUGAGGGUCCUUAUCCAGGGACUUCCCGCGAGAUAACAGAGACCUUGAUAAAGAAGUGGUCGCGGAUCGGGAGCAAUCACAAUCACCAUUGUAAUAUGAAUGAACAA